UCCCAGCCGACAGUAAUGGUCGUGUGACUUUCUGGGAAGCAAAAGCCAAUUUUGUUUGUUUGCUUUGCUUUGCUUUGCUUAGCUUGACCCCGGCAUAAGACCCCACACUUCACCAGCAACAGAAACAAUGAACAUUUUUCUGGAGUUUCUUCUGUUGCUGCCCUUACUCUUGUUCUCCACCUUGGAGUCUUUCAUCAAGCUCUUCAUCCCUAAGAAGAGAAAAUCUGUCAAAGGAGAGAUCGUAUUGAUCACUGGAGCCGGACAUGGGAUUGGAAGACUCACUGCCUUGGAAUUUGCCAAACUAAAGAGCCAACUGGUCCUCUGGGAUAUAAAUAAGCAUGGUAUUGAGCAAACAGCCACAGAAUGUGAACAACUUGGAGCCGUCGUACAUUCCUACGUGGUGGACUGCAGUAACCGAGAUGACAUUUAUAGUUCGGCAAAGAAGGUGAAAGCAGAAGUUGGGGAUGUCAGCAUCUUGGUGAAUAAUGCUGGUGUUGUCUACACAUCAGAUUUGUUCGCCACUCAAGACCCUCAGAUCCAAAAGACCUUUGAAGUCAAUGUCCUGGCUCAUUUCUGGACUACCAAAGCAUUUCUCCCUGCAAUGAUGAAGAAAAAUCACGGCCAUAUCGUCACCGUGGCUUCUGCAGCAGGUCACACCACAGUGCCUUUCUUACUGGCUUAUUGUUCAAGCAAGUUUGCUGCUGUUGGGUUUCACAGAGCACUGACAGUAGAAAUUGCUGCCCUAGGGAAAAACGGGAUCAAAACAUCUUGCCUCUGUCCUAACUUCAUAAAUACAGGCUUCAUCAAAAACCCAAGCACCAGAAUUGGACCCACUUUGGAACCAGAGCAAGUGGUGGAGCAGCUGAUGAAAGGAAUCCUGACCAACCAGAAAAUGAUUUUUGUCCCAUCCUUUAUCAAUUGUUUGGUGAUCGUGGAAAAACUCCUUCCUGAGCGCUUCUUGCAAACUCUACACAAAACAAUCAGUGUUAAAUUUGAUGCAGUUAUUGGAUACAAAAAUUAAAGAGAAAUGAGCAAUUAGAUUUUGAGGCCAGCGACCCGUACCAGUGUCAGUGGUUUGAAUUAGAAUCAACUUAAGCAAUCAGAGUUAUGACCUGUUCGGACUUGGGUUCCUCUAGCUUAUUGUUUCCCUAAUAACAAGCUUUGUGGUUGAUUUUCUAGGCUGCACGUUCCAUUUAUUACCCAUGUGAGCGAUUUCUCAUUCCAACAAUAGUAAAGCAUCCACACUAUUGCAGUAAGGCUGGCAUCAUGAAAAAAUAAGUACCCAGUUAUUUUGGAGACCAGAGCCCUCUAGAAUUUAUUUGUCACUAUUCUUUACUCUUGAAGAUAUUUUUUAGUUUAAUGGUCUUUUUGCUUUCUGUAAGUCAGCAUUUAAGCAGACUGGUGAAAUUGCACUUCCCACUUCUUUUCCGGACCACAUGAUUCAAAAUCAUGGACACAAGCUCACUUGGAGACAUUUUGAAACAGAAUUGCUUCUGGAGCAAUUCUGAAAACCAUUCUACCAACACACCCAGUCAUAACAGUCCUUACUGAUACAUUAUCCUUCACUGAGAAACUUUUCAGCAAACAGAAACUAGAAAUGAAGGGGCCAAAAUGUGGGCUUGGGGCAGAGAUGGAAGCAUGCAGAAGCAGGAUUUUGUCAAAAUUGUUAAUACAAAAUAUGCCUGAGAUUGACAGUAAUGAUGAUAAGAAUAAAUGUCUAAUCUAAA